GUCCAGAACGUCAAAGUCGCGGAAGCCGCACGAACCACCCCACAUGCCAUUCCCGCUGCCCCGUCAUACACGCUAAUGUUAUCGCGUUAUCGUUCGGUUAUCCACCACUAUCGACCGUUCGCUACGUCACUGCUCGAAUUGCGCCCGGCUUAUGGUCCGGAGUGGAGGAAGCUCAUCUGAAGCUCAUCUCAGCCUGCCAUCGCAUUCGUCUUCUUUCCAUCACCACAUCCCUGAUUCCCUAAUUGAUUUCAUCCCUAAUUGUAACUACCUCUGACGCAAGAUCAGGGACAACGACGACCUUUUAUACAUACAACUACAUCACCGCGCCAAAAACAUCGCGCAAUCCGUCGCAUACGAGCGAUUUCCCCAAAUCCCGAUAAAAAUAACAUAAACCACGAUGUGGCCCUUUGGCAGCAGCAACUCAGACAAGCCGGCGCCGCCCAAGCAGUCUCCUCCAGAAGUCAGCCCUCUACAAGACAAGGUAGAGAAGAAGGUUGUCGACGUCAAGAACGCCGUCCAUGACGAGUUCGACCCCAAGAAGCUGCCCGCGCGGUCAAAGCUCCCCGACGGUCUCCAGAAGAUAAUCGAAAAGACUGACAAGGACGACUUCUACGACGAUCUCUACGAGGGCUACGUUCCUCCCUCGACCGACUCCAACGUCCGUUACGCCGCCUACGCCGCCCGCUCCCGCACCAUCCUCCUUUCCGCGCACCGCUAUGUCGCCUACACCUCCGACAUCGGCGAGUCCUUCCGCCCCGUCGCGCACCCCUGGCUCGUCCGUGGUGCCUACGCCGUCUCGUGGGCUUACAUCCUCGGCGACGUCAGCUACGAAGGAUACAAGGCGUACUGGCACAACCGGCGGGUGCUGGACCCCAACGUCGAGCUGACAUCGCGCCAGCAGCGCAUUUUGGGUCUGAUCGAUGAGAACGGCGCCAAGAAGCUGGAGGACGACAAGCCGACGCCGGGAAAGAUCACGCCGCUGGAGGACUGGCGCACCGUGAUGGCGCAGCGGGCUAUCUUCCAGAGCGUGGCCAGCAUGGGUCUGCCUGCGUUUACGAUCCACAGCGUGGUGCGGUACAGCGGUCGCGCGCUGAAGGACGUGAAGAACAAGACGAUCCGGACUUGGGGUCCCAUCGGUCUCGGUCUGGCAAUUGUGCCUUUCCUGCCCACUUUGUUCGAUAAGCCGGUUGAGAAUGCGGUCGAAUGGGUCUUCCACAAGGGCUUCGAGACGUUUGGCGGCAAGGAGGCUGUUGGACACGCGCCACUUAUUGGAAGAGAAAGGACGCUGAGCGAGAAGCCUACUCCUCACAAGGAGAAGGGGGAGUAAGCGGAAUAGGGAAUGGAUGAAGGGAUGCAUAGGAGGAUCGAAGAUGAUACCCUCAUUGACACAUCUGUUGUAUAUAACCAGGCGGUACAGGAGUCACCACUCUAAGAGACUGUUCCCUUGCGCUCUUGCAGUGUAUUAUAGGUACUCUUG